AUCCCGGCGAAAGUCGGAUACCAGCAGUCAUGGACGGCUUUUACGACCAACAGGUCCCUUUUAUGGUGUCUCCCAAUACAUCGAGUGUGGAGGAAACUGCCUGCAGGCCACUCAGUGACAGGAAGAGGAAGUUUGUGGACACAGAAUUGGCCCAAGAUACAGAAGAACUUUUUCAAGACCUGAGUCAGCUACAAGAAAUAUGGAUCGCAGAGGCCCAGGUACCUGAUGACGAACAGUUUGUCCCAGAUUUCCAGUCGGAUAACUUGAUACUUCACAGCCCUCUGCAGACGAAAGUGAAGAGAGAACUAAGUCCGUCCAGAGAUCUUUCCCCCUGUGGUCAGGAACAGAGACUCUCUCCUCAUGGUGACAAGUGCCUUUACAAUUACAGUGCCUACGACAGGAAGCCCUUUAGCUUCAACAAGCCUCUGACCCCGCCCACCACCCCAGUCUCGCCCUGCGGCACGGCCCUCAACCCUCAGACACGCCCACUUCAGAAACAGGUCACGCCCCCCAUCUGCAGUCAGCGUCAAGGACCAGCGGCGUUACUUGGCCAAACCCACAACCGCAGCCCCGCUCACCAGACGACACACCCACUCCACAGCCAAAGUCCCCCUUUUGCAGUGCCCCGCCCACCUGUCAAUCACCCAAAUGCCUCCUACAGCUCUGAUCACAGAUUUCACAGACAGCUGUCAGAGCCCUGUCUCCCCUUCCCUUCUUCCGACGCCCCCUGUCGGACCCCUUUCCCCCACCAGGCCGCCAGUUCUCUGCCCAGGGACAGCCGACCCCCCUACCAUCGGCAGAUGUCCGAGCCCCUCGUCCCCUUACCCCCACAGGGCUUUAAGCAGGAGUUGGUGGACCCCCGCUACCCAGAUCAAGGCACCCCAAAUAUGGUGCCCCCUCAGACACCGUACCCUCAGCUGUCCAUCAAGCAAGAGCCCAGAGAUUUUGGCUUUGACACAGAAGUACAGAACUGUCAGUCAACGUUCAGGAAGUCGUCAAACUUCUACAGGAACAGCAGUGAUGGUUUUAUGUAUGACGGAGAGCCGCACUUGUAUUACGAUGACGCCUGUGUUGUCCCAGAGAGAAUCGAUGCUAAAGUAAAGCAGGAGGGCGUGCUUUUUCGGGAGGGGCCACCCUAUCAGAGGCGCGGCUCUCUGCAGCUCUGGCAGUUCCUGGUCACCCUCUUGGACGACCCGGCAAACGGACACUUCAUCACCUGGACCGGCCGAGGCCUGGAGUUCAAACUCAUCGAGCCUGAGGAGGUGGCUCGACGAUGGGGUAUCCAGAAGAACCGUCCCGCCAUGAAUUACGACAAACUGAGCCGCUCUCUGCGUUACUACUACGAGAAGGGCAUCAUGCAGAAGGUAAAGGUCGCCGGCGAACGGUACGUGUAUAAGUUCGUGUGCGAUCCGGACGCGCUUUUCUCCAUGGCGUUCCCGGACAACCAGAGGCCCUGCCUGAAAGCCGAUCCGGACGGGCUGCACGUCCCGGAGGACGACACCGUGCCCCUGUCGCACUAUGACGACGGUGGCAGCAGCGCCCCGUAUCCGGGAGACGGCAGAGACCAGUGCCUGGGCGUGCCGGCCUUCCCCGAAAACUACUCCUUCUAACUCCCACCCUCGCCCCCUCUGCGUGUGACGUCACACCCACCCCUAAACCUUGGGUCCCAGCUGUUAAAUGGGAUUUGAACUCCACACAGACGUAUACCCCUGUACA